CCUUCUUCAUAUCUGUAGUCUGUACUGGUUGCCCAGCUCUCAUGUGGGCCUGUAGAGAAUAGUCAAGGCAAAGAGAUCGGCGAUAAUAACAUCUUAAACGACAGAAUCUCGUAGUGUCCUUCGGCAGUUGUCCAAAUCUUGUCCAAACUUGAACGAAUUUUCAGCGUCAGCAUAAGAAAAUGGUUCUGAAAUUCUGUGCCAAUUUGUCUUUCAUGUUUACAGAGAAAACGGACAAUUUGUUGGAAAGGUACCAACUAGCCUCACAGGCCGGAUUCAAAGCUGUCGAAUUCACAUUUCCAUACCAGUUUAACGUCGAAGAUGUAGUUAAGGCAAAGUCAGCUGCAAACGUGGAUCAAAUUUUAAUCAAUGCCUUCCCAGGUGAUUUGGAACGUGGUGAAUUGGGCCUUGCUAUCAUGAGCGGACGACAGAACGAAUUUAGAGAAAGUCUGGAGAAAACUAUGGAAUACGCAGCCGCAUUAGACUGCAAAAAAAUUCAUAUUAUGGCUGGAAAGAAAUUUUCCGGAAUUGUAGACACUGCAAUGGACGAUGUUUACAAGGACAAUCUAGAGUAUGCCGCCAAAGUUUUUAAAGAAAAAGGUUUCGUUGGUUUAAUUGAACCUAUUUCAGAAGUUGUGAUUCCCCAUUACUUUAUGAAUUCUGUCAGUAAAGCUUUGCAAUUGGUGAAAGAGAUUAACAGCGACUCGCUAAAACUUCAGCUAGAUAUUUUCCAUUUGCAGUUAAUUGAAGGAAAUUUGACCAACCGGAUUAAGGAGCUUUUGCCAUAUAUUGGCCAUAUUCAAAUUUCUCAAGCGCCAACUCGUGAUUCGCCUGACAGCGAAGGAGAGAUCAACUACCGCUACAUUUUGAAAUUGUUAGAAGAUCUUGGCUACGAGGGUUUCAUAGGGUUGGAAUACAAACCGACUAAAGCAAGUGCCGAUAGUAUUGGAUGGAUUAAAGAGUGGGGAUACUCUUUGUGAUGUCAGUAUCUAUGAACACGCAAAUGAUCGUAAAUAACUUGAUUUAGAAUUUUUAUGGGGUAUUAAGUUUUUGUACUUUUGGAAAAUAAUAAAUUUAUUUCGUGGUUAA